AAUAUUUUUGACACUUUUUUCGUCUCAAAAAUUGGACUCGAUGGUUUGUGACCCAUGAUUAGUACUAAAAAAUUUAAAUUGUCGUGCUUGAACUGUGAUGAAAAUUCUCUAAAUGGCACAAAAAAUCUGUAAACGAUUAUUGACAAGUCCAUAUUUCAAAAAUUUUCGUAAUUAUUCAACGUCAUGUUCUGGAAGUGUUGGUGGAAGUCCUGCGUACAAUAAAACUCGACCACAAUUAAAAACUUGUAAUUUCACAAAAGUUCUUGUACAAGGUUUCACCGGUAAACAAGGUACAUUUCAUGCUAAAGAAUGUAUGGAGUUUGGUACGGAUAUUGUGGGUGGUGUCACCCCAAAAAAAGGUGGUCAAACACAUUUAGGCAAGCCAGUAUUUAAUACAAUCAAAGAGGCAAAAGAUGCUACAAAAGCUAACGCAUCUUUAGUAUUUGUUCCACCCGCAUUAGCUGCAUGCGCUGUAUGUGAAGCAAUUGAAGCUGGUAUCGAAUUAAUUGUGAUCAUAACCGAAGGUAUUCCUCAACAAGAUAUGUCAAAAUUACGUACACACUUAGUGGCGCAAGAUAAAACACGUGUACUUGGACCAAACUCACCGGGAUUAAUAUCAGUUUUAUCACCUUGUAAAAUGGGUAUUAUUCCAUCUCAAAUUGUGAAAAAAGGGAAAGUAGGAAUUAUUUCCAGAUCGGGUACAUUAACUUAUGAAGCUAUAAUGCAAACUACAGUAACGGGUCUGGGUCAAACUUAUUGUUGGGGUAUAGGAGGCGAUCCAUUUAAUGGAACAAAUUUUAUCGACUGUUUGGAUGCCUUGUUAACCGAUGACGAUACGGAAGCGAUUAUAUUAAUUGGUGAAAUCGGUGGCCAGGACGAAGAAUGUGCAGCUGAAUAUUUGAAAGAACAUAAUGUGGGUCGAUGUGCUAAGCCAGUCGUUUGUUUUAUUGCGGGUAGUACAGCGCCAGAAGGUCGACGUAUGGGACAUGCGGGGGCAUUGAUUUCUGGAGGUAAAGGUAAAGCUGCUGAUAAAAAGAAAGCUUUAGCUGAUGCUGGAUGCAUCGUUGUUGAUUCUCCGGCUGAAAUGGGUUGUACUUUGCUCUGGGAAAUGAAACGUUUAGGUAUUGCAAAAUAAGCAAAAUCAUAAAUCAAAUGCGAAUCAUUUUGAGUUAAUGUUUAUCUAGUUUUAUGUGACCUAGUUUCAUAAAAUUGUA